GGCAGCCUGCUCGGGAGUUUCAUUAUAUUCAAAUAUUUUCGUUUUCCAGGAGUCGCUCUGGAGCAGCAAGCCGUGGCGCGCGAUUGCUCCUACCCGCAGCCCGGAGAAGAAGACGAAGAGGAAAAAGGCGAAGCAGCAGCAGCGGCGAGCGAUUGACUCUCCCCGGCUCCGCAAAGCGGCUUGACUCCGGAUUCCCCGCGUGAGCUUUCCCACGAGUCCUGCUCCACGCUUGGCUGUCAAGAACCAUGGACUGUUUCUAUAUGCCUUGCUUUCUGUCAAGACACCAUGACGCCUGGUAACCGACUCCUGAUGGUCAUUUUAUUGUGCCGAGUGCUGCUUGGAGGUACUAACCGCGCCAGCUUGAUACCCGCCGAGACUGGGAAGAAGAAGGUGGUCGGGGACUAUCUCCAGCAGCAGCAGCAGCAGCAGCAGCAACAGCGAGCCGGGGAGGCCGGAGACGGAGAAGGCGCCUCGGGGACUUCGCGCCGCCCGUUCCCGAGCCAUGAACUCUUGCGCGGGUUCGAGGCUACCCUUCUCCAGAUGUUCGGGCUCCGGCGGCGGCCGCAGCCCAGCAAGGCAGCGCUCGUCCCUUCAUACAUGCUGGAUCUCUAUCGCCUCCAGUCCGGGGAAGAGGAGGAAAAGCUGCAGGAUCUCAGCCUCCAGUACCCGGAGAAGUCCACCAGCCGCGCCAACACCGUGAGGAGUUUCCAUCACGAAGAGCACCUCGAGCAAGUGCCGGGGCCCGCGAACCAGCCGGCCCGCCUGCGCUACUUCUUCAACCUGAGCAGCGUGCCGUCGGGCGAGGCCAUUUCCUCGGCGGAGCUGCGGCUCUUCCGACAGCAGAUCGUCGGCGAGGACGGGGCGUCCUCCUGGGAGAGGGGCUUCCACCGGAUCAACAUUUACGAGGUGAUGAAGCCCCUCCGCCGAGGGGAGGACCUGGUCACCCGGCUGUUGGACACCCGCCUGGUGCACCACAACGUGAGCCGCUGGGAGAGCUUCGACGUGAGCCCCGCCGUUAUCCGAUGGACCGCAGGCGGCCAGCCCAACCACGGGCUGGCCGUGGAGGUUGUGCCCCUCCACCCCGCGCUACAGACUCACCAGGGCAGCCAUGUCCGGAUUAGCCGCUCUUUACCUCAAGGGGGCCGUCUGGAGGCCGGAGACUGGGCCCGCCUCCGGCCCCUGCUGGUCACUUUCAGCCACGACGGCCGGGGCCAGUCGCUGCUGACGCGCCGGGCCAAGCGCAGCCCCAAGCACGCGCACCAGCGCGCGCGCAAGAACAAGAAGAACUGCCGCCGCCACGCGCUCUAUGUGGAUUUCAGCGACGUGGGCUGGAACGACUGGAUCGUGGCCCCGCCGGGCUACCAGGCUUUCUACUGCCACGGGGACUGCCCUUUCCCUUUGGCCGACCACCUCAACUCUACCAACCACGCCAUCGUGCAGACGCUGGUCAACUCGGUCAACGGCAGCAUCCCCAAAGCCUGCUGCGUUCCCACCGAGCUCAGCGCCAUAUCUAUGCUCUACCUGGACGAGUACGACAAAGUGGUCCUCAAGAAUUACCAGGAGAUGGUGGUCGAAGGGUGUGGGUGUCGUUAAACGCGAAAAACAGAGAGAGAGAGGAUUUUUUUUCUUUAAAAAAGUGAUAAAACAACUUCUUCCCUGUCCGGUUCUCUCACUCACCAUCCAUCCCGCCCUGUCCAAAAUUCCCCAGGGAUGGAAGUGGCGGGGAAGAGGUGUUGCUGCUUCUUCUCCUCGUCCUCCUCCCAGGUUCAAGAAUGGGCUGGCCUUCUGUGCUUUUUUUUAAAAAGAAAAGAAAAGAAAAGGAACAUCAAGUUAUACCAUAAAUUCUCUUUCUCACCUGCGCUCACCCAGGGGCGCGUGCACGCCAGCAAAAAAAAAAAAAGAGGAAAAAAAUCCCUUAAUCCGUUCACCUUGACCUUAUUUAUGACUUUAUG